AAUGGUACUGUGAGACAGAUAACAAUAAAGGAGAUGUUUUUUAAGGGUACGAGUACUACAGGUCGUCGACAACUCAGGAGUCUACCCUAAGAAUAGCAACUUUUACAGGUGGGUCGAGCUGACGUAGGCGAGAGCUAAUCUGGCAGGAGGAGGUACAGCUAUGUCAGACCACAGCGACUCCAGUUGGGUCCCUGAGGAGCGGGUCCGCGCCCUCACUAAACUGGGAAGUUCGGUUGAUGUGAGAGACGAUGUUCCGCCUCGCCGUUACUUCAGAUCUGGCAUGGAGAUUAUACGGAUGGCCAACGUCUACGCGGACGAGGGAAACACGGAGAACGCCUUCGUACUCUACAACAAAUACAUCACACUCUUCAUUGAAAAGCUUCCCAGACACAAAGACUACAAAACAGCCAACAUUCCGGAGAGGAAGGACACUAUGAGGAAGCUGAAGGAGAUUGCAUUCCCAAAGGCUGAGGAACUGAAGAAAGUACUUCUCAGAGAGUAUGAGAGGGAAUAUACUGAAUAUCUGAACCAGAAGAAAGCAGAGGAGGAGGCCCAUCAGCAGGAGUUGGCCAGACAGAGAGAGCUGGAGGCAGAGAGGGAGAAGCAGGCUGAGCAUGCGCUCCGUCAGAGAGAGCAGGAGCAGUUGAAUGCCUUUGAGGAGAUGAUUCGCCGGCAGGAGCUGGAAAAAGAGCGGCAGCGCAUUGUGAGGGAGUUCAGCACUCCCGUGGUGCCAACAGCACCCCCAGAUGUUUUAGUGCCAGAUGUCCAGGGACCCCCACAGCCCCCUGUGGCCACCCCGACACCCCCACAAAGCCCUCCGGCCCCCCCGAACAAUCUGCCGACAUUUGAUCGCUCUCUGAAACCUACAACACGGAUCAGCUCUGGAGCCACUGAAAUGAUUGGUGGUUUACGAAUCCUGUCUGUGCCCGCUGAGCUGUGCGACAGGUUUCUGCAGCUGGCAAAAGAAAACACAGCGAAAGGAGUAGAGACAUGUGGCAUUCUCUGUGGAAAACUGAUGAAGAAUGCUUUCAGUGUGACUCAUAUGGUGGUGCCAAAGCAACGCGGAAGCCCUGACUCCUGUCACACGGAGAAUGAGGAGGAACUUUUCCAUAUCCAGGAUGAGUAUGACCUCAUCACACUGGGCUGGAUCCACACGCACCCUACGCAGACUGCAUUUUUAUCCAGCGUGGACCUGCACACACACUGCUCCUACCAAAUCAUGCUCCCAGAGUCCAUAGCUAUUGUGUGUUCCCCCAAGUUCCAAGAGACUGGUUACUUCAGACUGACGGACCAUGGAAUGAAGGAGAUUUCGUCCUGCAGAAUGAAUGGCUUCCAUCCACAUACAAAAGUUCCUCCUCUGUUCUCUGACAGCAAACACGUCACCAUCACAGAGAGCAGUGUGUCAGUGCUGGAUCUGCGGUGACUGCCUUACAGGUGCCUUUCUGCUCCACUUCACAGCGACACAAACACUGAAGGACCCACAGGAGUGGAGAGUAUGGAUGUGGUGCUGAUGCAGUUUGUCUUUCAAAUGAUGGAGACCAAGAUUGUGCCUGUGGCCUCAUGGCUUCAUCGACAAGGCCUUUUCCCGCUCCUCUGUUCCCACGCUCUCAGCCGCCAUCACCUCCUCAACCACACGAGUCCAAAAACCAAGAGUUUAGCGUUCAGUAGCUUGUCUUUUAAUACUCAAGACUUUAAAACAUUUGGAGAAUGUGCAGGUUCACAAGAACCAUCUGCUUGGUAGCUUGUAAGAAGUCACUCUCUUAAGAAUACGUAAGCCUAGCCUUUGAAGAGUCUCUACUCUCUCUGUUUCUGCCUCUCUCUCUCUCUCUUUCAUUUUAUGCAAUGCGGAUGAUGUAUCCAUGUGCUUGUGUCUUUAAUGGAAACGCCUGCCUGCUGGGGUGUUGUCUCUGGAAAGACAGACUUCCCGUGUUAGAACUACGUACAGACAGAAAUCCUGCCCCCUGUAGCCUUUGACAGACUCUGCGCCUGAGCUGCACACCUGUCACUCUCUCUUAUGUGUGUUAUCAGGCUCCUCUCUGACUACACUCUGGCGUUCCGCUCUUCCCAGCGGUUCCCAUGGUAACAAAGAUAUUGAUAUUGAGAUAUUGUUUAACAACAGAUUUCUGUUUUUGGGUUAAUGUACAUUUUUUUAUUUUUCUCCAGUCCAUGGAAGUCUUGGCCAUUCCUGAAAUAUCUCAGUACUGUAUCGAUAUUGUGUGAGUGACGGGGUCUUCACGUGUGUGUUCGGCGGAGACGUGCGUGCAUUUCCCGUUCUUCACUUUCACCUCCUCCAUUUCUCUGUGCAUAGACACCUACAGUAAAACCAUUUCUUUGUCCAUAAGACACCUACAGUUAAACCAUUUCUCUGUCCAUAAGACACCUACAGUAAAACCAUUUCUCUGUCCAGAGACACCUACAGUAAAACCAUUUCUCUGUCCAUAGACACCUACAGUAAAACCAUUUCUCUGCAAAACGAUGAGACUGUUAUCAGAGGUUGAUUUUGAUUUGCCAGUCCUACAUGUAACACACUAUCACAUACGCUGUCACUCAUGGCAACCACACAGUCUUUGAAAAUCAGUCAUCUGAAUAAAGAGCCCACAUGGAGUGCAAUGCAAACUAUUCCUCCCACCACAGAGUAAAAGACAGCUUAGUGUCUUAUUGGAACGCACUAAGGAAUCCCUUUAAAACCUCCUCACUCUGACCAGACAAACUCAGACAUGCCACACUCAGCAGUAGGCUGCACAAUGUCUAGAAUUCAUUCAGCUGUUUUAACCAAGUGAAAAUUCUAAAACAAGAUGCCAAUCAUCGAGACAGACUGUUUGUGUCAUCAUGGCAGCUGUGUGCGUGUUAGCAUGUGUUUGGUCAGUGUGAAAGGAUUUCAUAUGCUCCAUUCUUUCACCCUGUGUUACCUGUCACCUGUACCCUGUAUUCAUUUGGUGUUAUGUCCUGCCUUUGCCAGAAAGCAUUGGUGUAUCUGUCAAAAAACAUUUCAUAAUAGUUUCCUUAAAAGUAUUUCACUGUUUAUA